GGAACAGGAAGUGAAACCUGCUGCGGCUGAGCGCUUGUAGCACUGUGUCCGACUCCGAGAAAGUUUGGCUGCCGCUGACGGCUACGGGGCUUUUGAAGAUGGACAGCCAAGGAAGAAAGGUGGUGGUCUGCGAUAACGGAACAGGGUUUGUGAAGUGUGGUUAUGCCGGAUCCAACUUCCCAGAACACAUCUUCCCAGCCCUGGUGGGCAGACCCAUCAUCCGAUCCACAACUAAAGUGGGAAACAUUGAGAUUAAGGAUCUGAUGGUGGGAGACGAAGCCAGUGAGCUGCGCUCAAUGUUGGAGGUCAACUAUCCCAUGGAGAAUGGCAUCGUCAGGAACUGGGAUGACAUGAAGCACUUAUGGGAUUACACCUUCGGUCCCGAGAAGCUCAAAAUCAACUCGCGUGACUGCAAGAUCCUCCUGACAGAACCUCCCAUGAACCCGACCAAGAACCGUGAGAAGAUCAUAGAGGUCAUGUUUGAGACAUACCAGUUUACAGGUGUUUACAUCGCCAUCCAGGCUGUUCUGACACUCUAUGCUCAAGGCCUGUUGACAGGGGUGGUGGUGGAUUCAGGCGAUGGAGUCACCCACAUUUGUCCUGUGUAUGAGGGCUUCUCUCUGCCCCAUCUUACAAGGAGACUCGACAUUGCAGGACGGGACAUUACACGCUAUCUCAUUAAGUUGCUCUUGCUGCGAGGUUACGCCUUCAACCAUUCGGCAGACUUCGAGACGGUGCGCAUGAUGAAGGAGAAGCUCUGCUACGUGGGAUACAACAUUGAACAGGAGCAGAAGCUUGCUCUGGAGACCACCGUAUUGGUGGAGUCCUACACGCUCCCUGACGGCCGGGUUAUUAAGGUCGGAGGGGAGCGCUUCGAGGCCCCAGAAGCUCUCUUCCAGCCGCACCUCAUUAACGUGGAAGGGGUCGGAGUGGCCGAACUUCUCUUCAACACCAUUCAAGCAGCAGACAUUGACACCAGGUCCGAGUUUUAUAAGCACAUUGUUCUGUCAGGAGGAUCCACCAUGUAUCCUGGUCUGCCCUCUCGACUCGAGAGGGAACUGAAACAGCUUUAUCUAGAGCGGGUACUGAAGGGUGAUGUCGACAAGCUCUCGAAAUUCAAGAUCCGCAUCGAGGACCCUCCCCGCCGCAAGCACAUGGUGUUCCUGGGUGGGGCGGUGCUGGCUGACAUCAUGAAAGACAAAGACAACUUCUGGCUGACGCGGGAGGAGUAUCAGGAAAAGGGCGUGCGCGUUCUGGAGAAGCUCGGCGUCACCGUCAGAUAAACCCCCGAGACCCCUGCGUCUGUCAGUGCAUCUAUUUCACACACCCUUCUCUUCUGUUGUGCCGCUGAAUGGUGUCAUCGGGGGUGGAUUAUGAAGGGGACGGGAGGUUUAGUGUUGUUUUGGUCCUCUGUCACUGCACUGACACAUGUUUAGCGGAGAUCGGCUCAUUCCUGCUUUGCGAUCCAUUUUCUUUUCCCUUUCUUAGUGACAAUGUUGGUUAUAAAUAUAAUUCAUAUAUAAUACUAUUCAAAAGUGUGGGGUUGCUAAGAUUUGUGAAAUAUUUUUGGAAGAAAUAGUUUCGUCUCCCCAAGUUAUUUGACGAAGAAUACAAUAAAAACAGUAAUAUUGUGAAGUAUUACGCCAUUAUAUAUUUUUAAAUAUAUAUAUAUUUUAAAUGUAAUUCAUUCCUGUGAUGCAAAACUAUAUUUGCAGCAUCAUUCCUCCAGUCUGUAGUGUCACAUGAUCCUUCAGAAAUCAUUUUAAUAUGCUGAUUAGCUGCUCAAAAAACAUUUCUUAUUAUCAAUGUAAAAAAAAACGGUUUUUAAUAUUUUAAUGCUGUUUAAUAUUUUUGUGCAGACCAUUAUAAUUUUUUUUUGAAGAAAUUUUGUAUUGAUGUAAAGUCUUUACUGUUACUUUUGAUCAGUUUAAUGCAUCCUGCAGUAUAUAUUCAUUAAUUAAUAUUAAUUCCAAACAGUCUUGCAAACUUUUGAACAGUUGUGUGUACUUUAAAUGAGAUUAAUAAUGAAAAUCAUAUUUAGUUAAUUUUUUCGUAGUAUCAGGAUUAAGUGAACAUGGAUGUUUUCAAUUAUUUCACCACUUUUAACCAUUAAAUUAGAACUUAUUGUUUUUACCUUGUACCCGAGUGCUGCACUUUUGACAAGGGGAGCUUAUUUAUUAAGAAGUGUGUGUGUGUGUGUGUGUGUAUUUAAACUAAACAUUUUAUUUCAUUUUCCAUCCUGCUAGUCUUUCGUAAUAUCCCUCGAAACUAACGAAAGGCCAGUUCCUCACAGACAUCAUCUCCAGGAAGUGACAUCAUUUUGGUGGGAAAACAGCAGCACAUGCAAUAUUAGAAAAAAAAGAUGAAUGGAUUCUGUGAUGUUUUGUAAUUUGCGGCUUGUAACAUCCUGAAACACGUCCACUGUUUGAACUACAGAAAAUUACAGAAACCAUAUGAUCUGAUUAAAAUCACACACACACACAGUCAACUAUUAAACAGUCCGUGCCUAAGCACUGGUUAACUUUAGCUCUUUCUUUUCUACCUGCAUCUUUUUUUAUGUCCUGUCGUUUGUCUAAAUAAUUCAUUUCAAAGUGUCUGAAUUCUGAAAUUGCUUUUUAUUGUUACUGCAUGACAGAAAUGACCCAAUCAGUGAUGAGCUUCCAAUGGUUAUGACAGGCACCAUCAUCACUUCUGUAUUACUGCUAAGACUAUUGUGAGCUGUAAUGAUCACGACAGGUUGUCAGUCCGGUGACAGAGACACAAACCUGUUAUCAUCGCCAUUUUUUGUUUUCUUCCUAGAGGAAAUAGCGGUUCUCCUCCAGUGUUACGACUGAAACUGAGCAACCAGAACUUAUCAAGGUUAUUUUGAGUGAGGUCAAUGAGCUUUAGCUGUAGCUGAGGGAAGCCUUUCUUCUGUUUCUGUCCGUCCCGUCACUGUGUCAUGUGCUGGUCCAGAAUAACAAGUGCUUCUCGCGUUACUCUUAAGUGUUUGGCCUGAGAGUCUGUGGGAUUUUUACUAAUGUAUUUAUCAAGCAGGCCGGUCUUCUGUAGGUCUGCCUUUGAAAACGGUUUGAGCACACCACAACAUACUGUUUCAACUCAAGUUUUGUGUUGCUUAUAUAUCAAGAAAUAUAUAUUAAGAAGAUGGGAUUUGUUUUGAUUCCAUUAAUCCCUAUUGUUGUUAUUAUUGUUGUUGUUUUUUUACUUCAUUAUACAUUUUCUCUUGCAGUGCUGUGUCUGGCUUAGAUUAAAAUAAUAAAAAAUCUUCUGCAAUAUCUGUCGGACAGUAGCUUUUAUUGAAAUAAUUUGAUAAUAAGGGAUGCUGUUUUAUGUACCUGGUUUCGGAAGUAUAUCAGGUGUAGAUUAUAUCGUUUUGGAUCGAUUAUUUAUGGACAUUCAUAAAGUACAUAAAAAACAUUGAUAAUUGAGUGUUCUGCAUCUUAAUUGUCUCGUGCAUAUAUUAAAGGCACCAUAUAUUUGUCUGUUAUUAUUUUAAAAAUGUAUUCUUAUCCAGUGCCAAGCUCAAAUUACGUAAGUGGAUCUUCUCUCUCUCUCUCUCUCUCUCUCUCUCUCUCUCGGUCAUAGCAUAACUGCUGAAUGCUGAUUUAAAUAAAGAUUGUGAUGUAUA